ACUCUGGGUGUGGGGGCAGGCUUUGCCAUUGCCACCAAACUACGGUCUCCGAAGAGUGAGGUGUGGACUAUUUUUGGCGAUGGUGCCGUAGGUUUCAGUAUCACCGAGCUGGAUACCAUGGUUCGCUUCAAGUUGGGGGUGAUCAUGGUGAUUGGUAACGAUGCCGGGUGGACGCAGAUGGUUAGAGAUCAGGAGCGGUUCUUACAGUCGUCUGUGGCCUGUGUGCUCAGUCCAACUCGCUACGAUUUGGUAUGCGAGGCUUAUGGAGGAAAAGGCUUUCUGGUGGAGAAGCACGAGGACAUCGAGUCUACUCUCGCGCAAGCGAAGGAGGCGGCGGCCAAAGGGUUGCCUGUGGUUAUCAACUGUCGUAUAGCGCGCAACAACUUCCGAGAAGGGGCCAUCAGUGUCUAG